CUAAAUCCAGGGUUCUCUCAAGGGAUUCCACUCCGAGAAAUCAAUAGACGAAUAGAGACGGCACCAGCUCAAGCGAUCACAACAUCAGGAGUUUCUCCUGCCGCCGACCUGCUCAUUGAACUUAAGGAACGAAUAUCAGACUAUGAAAAAACAAUAUCUCGGAAUAAUAGAGGUCUCUUGCAAGAUGAAAUCAUGUUCAAUGAACCAUCCAGUCCAGCUGUGAGGGAAAUCAAAUCCCCUUAUGACAAUAUAUCAAAUACAAUUCGCCGUUUGGGCACAAAAUCGUUACCUAAGGAACGAGUUAGCAUGUACACUCCACUCUGAUGAAACCAUACAGAUGACCCAAUAAGGCAAUAAGUACUGCAUCUAUGAAACUCUGACAAACGUUAGCCUACCGGGUGAAAUGGUUACUGCAAAAUACAAGAUACUUGGCGAUAGUUAUGAUCAAGCUAAAUGGAAUUGUGUCUGUGAUCUAAUAAAAGGGAUAUUAUCACUCUGAUAUC